UGUAAACAUACAUAGGUGUCUUGCUUAGUUCGCACUGUUGAAGCACAAUAACAAUUUCUCAGGAACUAUGAAUAUGAGCCCUAUUAAUAAGCCUUUGACGCGGUGCCGUUCUAGCACAGCGCGGCGUCUCUAAGGAACACACACCAAGGACAUGACAAUUAUGCUGAUAGCUUGCUAAAGAAGGAUGGAGGCUUACCAGUACGUGCGUAGCCUUGCAGAAGGCAGCUAUGGCGAGGUCCACGCGUGUAUGGACCUUGCAGCAGGUUCGCUUGUCGCCAUCAAGCGCAUCAAGGCUGCACACCUGGACCCUGCGAUCAAGCGGCUUAUCAUGCGGGAGCUGCGGGUGCUUCAGAGCCUAGCACCGCACGUCAACGUCAUGGGGCUCCGGGAUGUGUUCCGCAGCAGCAGCGGCCGCGUGUAUUUCGUGUUUGAGCUCAUGGAGCGGAGCCUGCUACAGGAAUUGGAACACCACCCCAAGUACGUUCUGCCAUCUGACAUGGCCAAGGUGGUGGCGUGGCAGCUGCUGCGCGCGCUGGAGCACUGCCACAAGCAGGGCGUGGUGCACCGCGACGUCAAGCCGGCAAACGUGCUCAUCGGCGUCUCGCCGCCUGAGAACCCUGACUCGCCAAAGGCGGGGCCGGAGAGCUCCGCAGCAAACGGCCGCAGCUCCGAGAAUGCCGGCGAGCACGACCGGACCAGCAACUGCAAGAAGUGCAGGCCGCUGCCGAAGGGCGCUGGCAUGGUGGUGAAGCUGUGCGACUUCGGGCUCGCACGCUACCUGCCCAGAUCGGGGGCCUCGGCCUUGGACGCUACGCGUGUGAAGCAGUUGGCAGCUGACGCGGCUGCAGGUGCGACUGCCCCAAAAGCGCCGGAACCGCUAAACAACGGCCUGUCAAGCUACGUCGUGACUCGGUGGUACCGCGCACCCGAGGUGAUUAUCUCGUGUGAGCCGUACGACACGGCGGUUGACAUCUGGUCAUUCGGCUGCACGUUGGCGGAGCUGAUGUCGGGCACGCCGCUGUUCCCCGGCUCCUCCAGCCCGGACCAGCUGUGGCGCAUCAUGCGCUGCUGCGGAGCGCUGGCGGACCGUCACGCGGCGUACCUGCGCUCAGAUCCCCAGCUAGCAGCCCUUGCAGAGACGCCGCCGCCAGGCCGCCCGCUAGCAGAGCGCGUUCCGGCCGCGUGUCCUCAGAUGCUCGACCUGAUCAACGCCUGCCUCAACAUGGACCCCCUGAAGCGGCCCACAGCCACGCAGCUGCUGCAGCACCCCUUCUUUGCCGACAUCCCACGGCUGCUGGCGGCAGACCCCGAGCUGCAGCAGCUGCUGGCGGCGCCGCAGACCAAGGUGCCGCUCCCACUGCAGGCACCUGUGCCGGGAGUGCCAGCUUCGGUUGUGCCGUCUCGACCCUCGGCCGCAGCUGCUGCAGCCGCAGCGCCAGCCGUGAGCAACAUGGCGCCGUGUUCUCCUGCGGCCGCGGCGCCUGCUGCAGCGGUGGCAUCAACGGCUGUUGCGGCGCCGGAGGCGGCCAAGCUGCAGACGGCAUGUGUGGCGACGCCGGAGGCAAUGGAGACGGACUCACGGGCUACAGCCGGCACCCGCAGCCCGGCGCUACCAUCACGCACCGCAGCGGAUGCGCAGGCUCCUGUCUCGGUUACCGCAGGCACGGCCGGCGCCGCGGAGAGCCGCAGCGGCCGGGAAAGUGUCAGUGCGGCUACCAGCCAGCACGCAUCUGCUGCCAGCGCGAUGGCGGAGCAAGGCACGACCACUGCCGCAGCGCAGCAUCCGCAGCAAGUGAACACGCCUUCUGCCACGCCCGCUGUGGCCGUGCCGGUUAGCAGCACGGCAUCACCGACUGCGCCAUCCGCGCCGCCUGCCCACGCCCCUAUCGAGCACGGCGGCAGUGCCUUUGCAAGCGCCGUGGCCGCUGCUGCCGCUGCCGUUGAGCCCAGCGCGGCGAUGCAGUCUAGCAACCAAGAGCCACUCGCAGCGCAGACGCCACCUGAACCGCCGGUAGCGGCCAUAAACGCAGCUGCUGCCGCCGCUGUCUCGCGCAUACCCGCCCCUGGCCUUGCCUUGCAGCAGUCGGCAUCGCUGCCGCCGCCGCGUGCAGCCACCACAUCCGCGCCUGGGGCCACGGCGACGGGGGCGGCGGCGGCGCAGUCGGUUGCAGCUAUGAACAGCGGUGCUCGGCUGCCUGUCGCCUCCGGUACCGCCGCCAGUGGGAGCUCAAGCAGCUCAGCCGCCGCGCCCUGCUGCACCUACUCCGGCGCGCUCGCGACCGCCUCCAAUGUCACCACGCCGGAGUGCGCGGCGGCCGCACUUACGUGUGUCCCGGCCAGCGUUGAGCAUCUGCAUGACCUGACGGUGCAGACGGCCGGUGGCAGCGCCAGCGCCGGUGCCACUCAAAGGGCGGGAGCUGCGCCAGCAUCCGGGGUUUUCAGCGGUGCAGCCGUAGAGGCCGCGCCGGAUGCGGCCGCCAACGUGGUCUGCGCUGGCGCUGUUGACGCUCCUCUUGCGGGCGCUGCACCAACCAAGAAGCAGGAGGCGGAGGCGCAGGCCGGCGCCCAGCAGCGCGGGCCUGCCGAGCAUUCCCCGGCGGCCGCGCCCACAUGCGCCCUUGCUGCUGCCCAGCAGCCGACAGCUGUCGACGCGAUCGGUAUCAAGGCAACACAGCCAGUGCCGCCGCCGCUUCCGGCUGUUGCCGUUGCUCGCCGGAGCCGGCUUCCGCCGCUGGACGCCCAGGGCAGCGAGGCGGGAAGCGCGAGCGGCAGUGAGGACGUGGCACCAUCCGCGCCCCACCCAAGCGCUGGUGCAAGCACCAUGCCUGUCCCAGCCUCAGCCGCGGCUUCGGCCCCGCGCGGCCGCAGUGUCGACGAGGGUGCCAAGCGCGGCGUGCAAGACUUCACAGCAGCACCUAGCAAGCUCAACAUGACCACGGGCUCCUUGGCCGUGGGGAGCGCUGCAGACGCGGCGGACAGGGCGUCCGCCUCCCCACGCCGCCCCGACGAUCUACUGGGGUCGCCGCGCUUAACGUCGGGCGCGCAGUCGGAACGGCUGUUCGAUCUGGUCACCGGCAGCAGCCGCGCCAGCAAAGCAGCCUGGCCCACGGGAGAAUCAGACGGACCAAAUGGGCUGGCAGUGGACGGCGGCGUUAGUCAGCAGGCAAGCCAGAUGUCGCUGCUGCAGCCACGGCCGCCAGCCGCGGCGGCGCCCGUUGCCGCCGGCGCUGCGCCCGGGGGUGGCGCGCGGCCGUCGCCCUCGCCGUCGCAGCAGACCACGCCCCGGCGCGUCGGCUGGAGCUUGGACGGUCGUAGCUUGUUGCCCAAGCUGCAGUCUAUACCUGCAGACGCCAGCGCAGCAGCACUGCGCGGCAGCUGCGCGCCGCCCGCGGCCUCCGCCACCACAGCAGGCAUGGCACACACGGCCGCCGAUCGGGCCAGUGCCGGCGGCAACGGCACGCCGCCGAGCGCCUUCACGAGGGCAAACGUGGGCCCUUCAACGGCGCGCGUCAGCGGUAACCUGCAACUGCGACAGUCCAUGUCGGGUCUGUGCCCUGUCAACGAGAACCAGCAGCAUCUGCACCCACUUGAUGUCCACACGCCGCUCACCGGCGCCUCCUCUACCCGGCUACCGCCGCUGCUGCUGGCCACGGCCAUGCGCAGCAGUGCCCGCGGCAGCGCUGCCGCCGAUGCCGUGGCAUCCAUGCUCAGUGGAGAGCUCGGCAGCCUUGGCUGCAGCGGCGGUAGCGGCGGCGGCAGCGCCUCCGGCUUCGCGUCGGCUUCGCACCUGCCAUUCGUGUUCACGCCCGCCGGUGCGCCCAUGGUACCUGGCGCCGGCGGUCACCAUCGCCGGCUGCCGCAUCAGCGGCCGCCGCCGCUGGCGGAGCCAUACGUGCCGCCGGCCCUGGGAAUCUACGACUCAUGCACCUUCCCUCCUGGUAGCUUCAGCGGCAUGCUCAGCGGGCCCCUGCUCAGCGGCGCGCUGCCCAGUGGCAUCUUCGCCAACGGCGGCGGCGGCACCACCGACAACGGACUUGGCAGCUUCGGCUUGGGCCUCUCCCUGGGCUCGAUGCACACCUACUCGCCCUCCGCGUUCCAGGAGCGCAGCAGCAUCCCCGGCAGCCGUGGCUCCGUCACGCCACGCGGAGCGGGCAACGUACACGGCAGCGCCGGUGGAUCCGGAUCGGGCCCUGGCAGCGUUGCGCACGACUGCCACGUGUCUCACCUCAACGCCCUGGCAGAUCGCAUGGUAGCAGCGCAGUCCUCUGCCAGUGGCGGUGGCGGCGGCGGCAGUGGACCCAGCUCGAUCCUGGGUCUGGGGCAGAAUCCUGAGUCGCAGGCGCUGUCAGCGACGAUGGCGCAUUGGCCCGCUGACGGUGUCUUGGACGUGAGCGGCGUCGUGCUGGAUUGCAACUCGCAGCUGCUGCACCAGGGCUCGCCGCACACCUCCGCCCUGGACCUUGACGGCAUCGAGCACGCCGCCGCAAGCGCAGCCGCAGCGCACGUGUAUCUGGCGACCUCACGCAGCAGCCUGCACGGUGGCGCCGGCAGUGGCCCCAGCAGCUUCGGCAACCAGGCCGGCAGUGGCCCGAACAGCUUCGGUAAUCCGCCGGGCAGUGGCCCGAACAGCUUCGGUUGGCAAAGUGUGCCCGGUGGCGCUGCCGCUGCGGCGGGCGGCGUGCCCGGUGGCCUGGCUGACAGCCAGUCGGGCUUCCGCACGUCCUCCGUGGGCGGCUCGAAUGGAGCCGUCCCUGGUAGCAGCUGUGUGGUCGGCAUCUCCGGUUCCGCCUCAGUCACAGGUGACUACACCGACCAGCCGAACCCCUUCCGUCCGCCCAACUCCUCCCGCUCCUCGUCGAGCAACCUGGAGGCGCACAGCGGCGCCGCAGGCGGCAUGGCCACCGCGGGCCUGGCCCCGCAGCCUCCGUCGCAGCCGCAGCAGCAGUCGUCCUCUCGCUUUACCCGCCAGAGCCCCAACAGCGUCGCCAACAGCAACCACAGCGUGCGGUCGGUGCGCCGCGGCCCGAGCCGUCUGGGCCAGGCGCCCGGCAGCAUUGCGGGCGGCAUGAACCUUUCCCACUGCUUCACCCUCACCCGCACCACCAGCCAAGGCUUCGGCAGCAACACCGCCUCGGGCGACGAGCCCGGCGAUGCGCUCACCGCCGUCACCGCCAUCCUCAACACGCGCUGCAGCUACAACGGCGUGCCGUAUGGCAGCAGUGCCAGCAUGGACGGCAGAUGCCCGGCGCCGAGCGGCGGCGCGGGUGCGGGCGGCGCCGUCGGCGCUGGUGUCAUGUCAGGAACCCUGAGUGACAUAGGCGGCGCCGAAGGCCUGGGUGUGUCUAGGAUGGAGCGUGGCGUGCCCGGCGAGCACCGCUCCAUGCCCAUUCCCAACUGCGUCAUGGAGAGCGGCAGCCCCGAUCCGUAUGAGGGCAUGCAGCUUAUGCAAGCGGACCCGCCAGCGGACCUGCAGACGGCGGCCGCCGCUGCGGCGGUAGAGGCGGCGGUGGAGGCCACCGCCGCCAGCAUGUCUGCGAACGCGGCAGCUGCCCUGUCCGCACGCGCACACGUGCGCUCCGUCGGGAUGCCAGGCACCGCCGGCAGGCCCGCAGCGGCGGCGGCGCAGGCUGCGGCAACGGGCGGCUGGGCCAUUGCUGGUGGUGGCGCGGCUGCAGAGGCAAGGUUCAGGGACCAGCACGAGGCCCAGAGCCACUUAUCGCCGCCCAUUGAGGGAAUGGCUGACUCCGCCACUGCGCCGGUGCACGUGGAGGAGAUGGGCACCGCACGUCGCCCCGCCUCCAUCGCCAACAUGCACUCCGCCUCGCCCAUUGUGCUGGGCGGCCUCGUGAGCGGCGACGACGGCACGCCAGCGCCCAUCCCGGCCGGCAGCGGCCGCAGCUCUAUCAGCAUGCACGGCGGCGACGACCACGCCUGCCACAGCCGCCGCUCGGUGGUCAGCAUUGCAUCUGCGGUGCUGGCGGUGCCGUACAGCUUCACGCUGCCGCCGCCGAACAGCGGCGGCGGCGCGCAGGUGGUGAAUGUUGGCGCUGUGGUCAGCGCAUCCGGUGAUGUGCAGGCCCGCGGUUCCGGGGAGAUAGACAGCGCCACAUUUGCUCAGCUACGUGGGCUGUACACGACGCCGCGGCUGUCUGUGGGAGGCCCCACUUCUGCUGAGGACGAGGCGGUGGCGGCACCCGCAAAGCGACCCGCGAGCAGCAGUGACGUAAACACGUUCAGCCGGCUGGCGAGUGGGUUCAGGCGGAAGGUUGAGAAGACCCUUAAAAUGGUUUUGUCGUAGGCGGAAUUGGUGUUGCCGUAGCCGGGUGUGCAAGUAGGGUUGUGCUGACUGAGGAUGGAGCCGUUCACGUCUUCUGCAGACCAGGCAGGCACGUGCGGGGGGAAGCGCGGCCGCAUGGGCCAGUGCAUGAAUCCGCGGGCUUUGCACUACUAUCAUGGAGUAAACGUGCGAGAUAGCACCCAGAAGUGGGCGCGGGGGCGCAUGCUCAACGCUGUCCUGGUAUUGCACGACGGUAGGCUAGCCCGUAGCUCUUCCACAUAUGCAACUUGGAACCCGUACAUCAGCAUGCGUACACUAAUCGGGCACUGGAAUAUGCCGCCGACUUACACCAUGCACCAUGGCAAUGACCGUGGGGUACGUCGGAUUGAGAGUAUCAUCAAUAUGUGCCGGGUUUCAUGCGCGUGCAAGGGCGUGCAGGACCUUGGAACCUUUCAUGUUUAUGCAAUGACCUGGGUAUCAGCUCUGCUGACGAGUCUCGUGCAGCGCUCGUAUCUUCCUUCGUUCGGAACGAAAAUUGCCCAAAAAGGCCUCUGGCGGAAGAAAUGUUUUGAUCUUGAAUAGAAAUUUCGGCCAAAACGCACGGGAUCUUGGGGGGCCUUUCGGCAAACAGACGAAGACAUUUUUGGGACUUCGGCCACUUUUGGCCAAGGACAAGGGGGUUCCAGCGGCUACUCCACGGCCGAAACCUGCGUGGCAUAUGGUAAGAUCGUUGGGUAGGAGGGCUGUAUCUAUGGGUGCUGACGGCGGGAAAGUGAGGAUGGGUCGGCGGCAAGCAGGGAAGGAGUGGGCGUGUCGUGUUGACAUCUGAGAAUGUUCUGGGGCAUUGGGUUCACUGUUCUAUUCCCGCGCAAUUGGCGUCCGCCGAGAUCGCCGACACCGCCGCACACGAACCGUGCGGGUCAGAGGCGGAGCCCCCGGAAUAAUUUUGGGGGUGAACGAAGCGGCGGCAGCCUGUUUCGUCAACCAAACGAAGCCAUUUUAAGGAAUUCGGCCACUGACGCCACCCCUGCCUUCGUAAGAUACGAGCGCUGGUCUCGUGCGGUACUUUUGGGUAGGAUUCAUCAAUGAGCUAAACGUCAGGUCACAAGGGUACCUGCCAUCGGAAGACCACAAUGGCGAGGAGAUCGGGCAAGUAUUGGGGAGGUAGCGUGUAUGCGCCGCAUGCUGUUACGUGCGGUAAGGGUCGUAUUUGUGGCUGCGGUGUAUCAUGCUAACGCGACUUGUGGCCGGGACCGACUUCACUUUGCUGCAUGCCGUGGCGUUGACCCUGAUCUUCCGCGCCGCUUAUGAUGCCGUGGUGUUGACACUGGUCUUCAGGUUUGGGCGGGUGCAGGUUUGAGCGCAGAACCCUUGUGCCUGGUGGGCGAGGUUGGGGACUCCCCGGUGCUGUCUUGCCACCCUAUUAUUCCGUAUUAUUCCGACGCGUCGUUCCCAUUAAAGAC